AACCAGCGGCAACCGAACUCAACGACCCUCAGAAUACCCAACAUCAAUAUCAACCACUCCCUGUAUGACACCAAAUUUCUAGGAAGUGGGGGCUUCCACAUUGACAGACAUAGCCAAAAUAAUGGAGUCCUCAUCGUUGCCAUCCACAAAGCACAUCAUCUGCGUAGGUGCCGUGUACAUUGAUACUAUUCUAAGUGUCCCCAAAUUCCCCAUAGAAGAUGAAAAGCUCCGCGCAACUCACCACACCAAAAGACGCGGAGGCAACUGCGCAAAUACACUCGAAGUCCUCUCCCAACUCAUCUCUGCCCCUUCUUUCCAGAACGGUAAAAAGGACAACAUUACAACUAAUCUUCAUCUGAUCACCGUGUUACCCAACAAAACAUCUCUGGCAACAAAAUUCAUUUACGAUACUCUCCCCGAGAUUUCCACAGCUGACAGUAUCUUCCGCGCUGCACAUGAGGAAGCUGCAUCAUGCUACAUCCUGCAAAAUGCGCAGAACCACAGUCGUACUAUCAUCAGUCACAGUCCGCUCGAAGAGAUGGCGGUGCAUGAGUUCGUCGACAGUGCGGAGAGAUUAGUAGCGGAAGCGGGAAGCGGUGUGGAAGGGUGGUAUCAUUUUGAGGGGAGGGUGCCAGGUAUUUUGAAGCAAUGCGUCGAGUUCCUACGGACGGCCCCGGCGCAGCGAGAGUUCAAGGUUAGUGUGGAGUGUGAGAAGCCCGAGCGUGUGGGAAUGAGUGAGGUAGCGAAAUACGCGGAUGCGGUGUUUUAUUCGAGGAUUUGGGUCCUGGUGAGUAUUGGUCUAAAGAAAUCUACUAGAAAUUACUUGGUUGACUAG